AUGGCCAGCCCACGCGUGUUCGACGUUGGCAUCGGCGUUUUUAUUCUCGCUGUGCUGUGGACAACAUGCUGUUUGCUUUGCAUCUUCCUGUCCAAAACUCAAGGAAUUUCCCGGGCUGUUGGUGUGUUUGCUGCCACGCUUCUGGCCACUGUGCUACUGCUCGUCUUGCCACAGGGAGAAGGCCAGAAACCGAAGGACGGUGACAUCACCGACUCGCUAUUCAUCUGGAGGAGUGCCCUCACUGUUCUUCUGGGCCUGUGUGCACUCGCAUCACCUAUAAUCAUGAUCAAGGUGCACUGGAGUGUGUCUGUCCAAGCAAGAAGUCUUAAUAGAUUAAACAACAUAAUUAGGCGCCGUACUAUCAGCAUUCAGACAUCCGAAGAACAGCUGUAGUGCUCUGCCAACUUUUUGCUUUCUAAUCUGUAGGCCACGAAUGGGGCCAUUUCAGCUGAAGUAGUAACAGCUAGAGAGAGAGACUGAAGAAACGCAGGAAGGUUAACCAGGCUGGAGAAGCCAGGCAUUUGUGGCUAUGAGUAAGCCAGUGCAUUUUCAACGUGUCAGUGCAGCAAAAUUUAAUAGCAGUACUUCAGGUGAUAUCAAAGGACAGCUUG